GUAGUGUGUCACGUGCCCGCGAGCUCUCUGUCUCGCGCUCGUGUCUGAAACCCCCGUCUGCGAGCCUCCUCCUACCCCGCGCCACAGUCAAGCUUCAAGUGCAUCGGCAGCACCAGAACAAUUGGAAGAAUUGGAUUCAGUAACCAUGCGGACGCGCGUUGAAUACGCCCAUCCGCCUCGCGCCUCCCUCCCCGAGCCAAGUCCUUAAAUGACCCACGGCCACUAAGGAGUUCGCGCUUUCCCCGUCCGGAUCAUGGCAUGCGCCCCAUCCCGGACUUCCAAACGCGCGGCGCCGAGGUUCGAGAGCAGUGAACAUGGGGAUCAGGUCCAGAAAUGCCGCUAGCGGUGCCGAGGACUCGCGCGAGCGGAAGAGCGCGCUGGCCGGAGAGCUGGAGCAAUGCGCGGGGCAGGAGCGAGACGGCGCGUUCCUGCUCGUCGGUUCGGGCAAAGAUUCGGACUUUAAACGGGGCUCGCAGAACAUCGGUCUGCUCGCCAAGACGCCCCUGGGCUACACUCGUCCCGUGAAGAGGAAUAACAUCAGAAAGCGACGGAUCCAGAACCUAAUCUACGACGCGCUCGAGAGACCGAGAGGAUGGGCGCUGCUCUACCACGCGUUCGUGUUUCUGAUCGUUUUAGGAUGUCUGAUUUUGUCGAUUUUAACAACAUUCAGAGAACACGAGAAAGAUUCUGCUCACUGGUUGGUUAUUCUGGAAACAUUUACUAUCUUUAUAUUUGGGGGCGAGUUUGCAUUAAGGAUAUGGGCCGCUGGCUGCUGCUGUCGAUAUAAGGGCUGGAGGGGACGACUUAAAUUUGCACGCAAACCCCUGUGUGUCCUGGAUAUUUUUGUGUUGAUCGCUUCCGUACCAGUGGUUGCUGUACGUAACCAGGGAAAUGUGUUGGCCACGUCGCUGCGCAGUCUGCGUUUCCUGCAGAUUCUUCGGAUGCUGCGGAUGGACCGCCGCGGAGGAACCUGGAAACUGCUGGGAUCUGCAAUAUACACACACAGCAAGGAGCUGAUAACAGCAUGGUACAUUGGAUUCCUGUCAUUGAUCUUGGCUUCCUUCCUGGUGUACCUGGUUGAGAAGGAUGACAUUGCCACAAACCUAACAGACAUUGACAACCCUUCCCCAACACCACCCCCACAGGACUUUGAUACCUAUGCAGACGCCCUCUGGUGGGGACUGAUCACCCUGACAACUAUUGGCUACGGUGACAAGACCCCAAAAACGUGGGCAGGGCGUCUUCUCGCCGGGACCUUUGCUCUUAUUGGUGUGUCGUUUUUUGCUCUUCCAGCCGGUAUUCUUGGUUCUGGGCUGGCUUUGAAAGUUCAGGAACAGCACAGACAGAAACACUUUGAAAAACGUAGACACCCAGCAGCUUCACUGAUACAGGCUUCAUGGAGAUAUUAUUCCACCAACCCAGUCAGAGACGAUCUCAUCGCCACAUGGAGGUUCUAUGAGACGGUGAUUUCCCUGCCAUGCUUCAGGAAGGAUCCUCUUGAGGUGAUGGCUAGCCAGAAAUUGAGUUUGUUGGAUCGCGUGCGCUUAUCAACUCCAAGGCCGUCGACGGUGAGGGCGCGCGCGAUGAUGCCAACUGCGAAUCCUGAGAACGUGCCAGCGGAAGCGGCUGAGGAAAGUCCAUCAAAAGAGGGGAAACCGGCAGGGUUUAGUAACAGAGAGAGAUUCAGGACUGCUUUUAGAAUGAAGGCCUACACCCUGAGACAAAGCUCUGAGGAUACAGGUGGUCUGCCUGACCGCACCCCUGAGGAGAAAGGUUUCCCGCCUGAUAUACUGAUGGAGGACAUGAUUCCAACUCUCAAAUUAGUAAUAAGAGCAGUGCGGAUUAUAAUGUUCCUGUUGAAUAAGAAGCGUUUUAAGGAGACUCUGAGGCCAUAUGAUGUGAAGGAUGUGAUUGAGCAGUAUUCUGCAGGACAUCUGGACAUGCUCACCAGAAUCAAAUAUCUACAGACACGAAUAGAUCUGAUUCUGACACCUGGACCACCUCUUACUCCAAAACACAAGAAACCCCAAAAAGGACCAUUUCCAUACUCCAACCAACAGUCACCCAGACAUGAGUCAUAUCUUGCCAAAGCAGGCCUGCCAGAUGCCGAAGACCAAAGCAUGAUGGGUAGAUUUGUGCGGGUCGAGAGACAGGUGGAAGACAUGGAGAAGAAACUAGAUUUCCUGGUGGAUAUGCAUAUGCAACAUGACCUCACAGGCCCCGCCCACAUGACCAUGGAACGCUGCGAACCCACUCUGACUGUCAGUGUUGCGGGAGACCGUGUGUACUGCAGCUACGGCCCACCAAUACACAACACACCAUAUUACACACACUCGAACACACAACCCCAGAGACCCACUGUCCUGCCUAUUAGCCCACUGCCAAGCCAAUCCCCGUCCUCCAACGUCAGCCAAUCAGGAGGCCGAAGGGUGGGCACUCCGCUGUCCCUGCUGUCGGUCACUCACGAGGAGUUGGAACGUUCGCCCAGCGGGUUCAGCAUCUCUGCGGAGAAAGAGGAGGUCAAGGGCAGGCCCUCUGGAUUACCGGUGGGGUCGAGCUGGGGUCACGACUGCCAAUAUUUGGCCGAGGGAGAAACGGAUACGGACACUGACCCUUUUACCCCCAGCGGAACUGUUCCGCCCUCGUCCACCGGAGACGGGUUCCACUCCGAUGGAGCGUGGGGAACCCCACCUUAAAGACACAUACACGCACAAACACGGCCACACACGCUCUUUAUAAAGACUUUGUACAGCGAACCCCGACACGUAAUUUACAAACGCGCGGACGUACUACUAAUCAUAUCUAAAUAUGUAUCCACUUCACGCUUUACCCCUGCAAAGCAAAGAGCACUGCAUGGAAUGCAUGCGUUUUAUCUCUAGUAGACGCUGCCUUCAGCAGACCGAGACGUGUGAUUAUAUUUGACUGGAAACCUUAGAGAGGAGAAAAACAACAGAUGCUAUGCCAUUUUUGUAAACAUUUAUUUUUCUAUUUACACAUGUUUUCAUAUGCAUGGAAUGCAUGACAUCCACAGAGCAGCUAAAUGUAUUGACGUCUACUCUGGUUUGCACUUGCUUUCAUUUCUAAAACUUCAGUUCGAGGAGAAACCUCACAAGCUUCUUUUUCUGCACCUCUGGGCUUGUUUUUGCUUUUUUUCUAGGGUUGAGAUUCCAGAAACCGUUUUACAGGCACGCAGCUCACGCCCCGGUCGGUGUGAACUGCAAGAGCACACUCACAUUUUUGCUGAAUUAAGAUGUUAUGUCAAAUCACCACUAGCAGUUUAAGGACCAAAAACCUAAGCCAAGAUUCCACUCGUCCUCAGUUAGGAAUUCCUCAAGGAAAACAGUGUUUGGCCUUAAUCCAACCGAUAAGCACAUAAUUUCUGUGAGUGGCACAUAAAACUGCCUGCUUGAAGAGUAUUGCCACAGCAUCAUGGGACCUAUGUUCCCAUGGUAACCACAGCUUCUCAAAAGUCACCCUACAUUUAAUACAUAAAACACGUGUAGUUGCUUACACUGCAAAACAUUUAUUUCCUAUUUUUUAUUUAGAUUUCCAGCACAAAUAUCUAAAAGUUAUUAUAUCAAGAUAAACUUACUUGACAAACAAAAUGACAUGCAGUAAGAUAAAGAUUUUUUUUCUAAAAACAUUAUCAAAAUUCAAGAAUAUAUGCUUUGAAUUUGUUUCCGCGCACUUUUUUUUCAAUUAAAUUAAGUGAAUUUAUGCUUCAAACAUGAAAAUAUCUGCCAUUGGUGUAAAAAAGUAAACUUGCAUUAAAAAACAAUAAUAAAGCAUAAGUUAAUGUAUGUGUAAAACAAUGAAAGAAUAUCUGCCAAAAAGUAAAAUCUUGAAUUAAGCGGAUAAUAAAGAAGUUAAACUUAAUUCAGGUUUAUUUUUAUACACCAUUGGUAGUUAAAUUUUCUUGUUUUAAGCCAAACAAAAUCACUUUUUGUUUUUUAGAAAACAAGUCUUAAUAAACUGUAUAUUCUCAUAAUUUGCUUCAAGUAAAUGUAUCUUGAUUUAAUCAUUUAACUGGAGUUUAAUCAUUUAAUCAUUUAACUAAUUCAACUGGAGAACAAGACAAAAAUAUUAAGAAGGAAUGAUUUCACAACGUAGAGCUUAUAAUCUUAAUUUUCAACCAGUCACACUUUACUUCCAUGAGGUUUUAUGUUCAACAGGUCCCUUACAGCAGAUCUGCAUAUAUUUCAAAUCAAAUGUGAGUGUUUCAUCCUGUACGUGUAAUCUAGUGUGUAACGUCAGCUCUUCCCACGAAUUAUGAGUUCUGUUACCCAUUUCUAAAUCUCUCCCUUUAAUGUUUUCUUCCCACAAUCAACAAUGCCUAAAUUCAUCCAGUUCUCUGAUCAGAAAACAUACGUUGUGCUGCAUUGAGUAUAGAUCAACUGAGGAAUCAGAGGACCAAACAAACAUUUUUGUCUGUGUCAAGUAGUGUUACGUAAUUGUGAAACUGGUUGUGUAGAUCCAUUCAAUGUUACAUCACUGUCAAUUUCUCAUCUCACUCACCUGAAGAAGUAAUUCCUGACUCCUGGGACUUGAUUCUCAACAAAAAAUCUGUAAGAAAUAAAUGCAACCUUCAUUUUUGGAAUCAAAAGAUAUAAGUGCUCUCUUUUUAAAGAAGUGACUUUUAAUGAAUUCAGAGAAAAAAGAGAGAACGAAAGCCAUAAUAGAAAAAUGUACAAUUAUUCUUAGUCCUAUUUACAUGUAUCUAGCAUUUAUUUAAUAGUCAGUUUUGGCUAUAGAUUUAAGAACAGUCUAAACCCUGGUAUACAAUUUCUCUUAGACUACUGCUGUCUAUCACAAUCUCAGUCUAACAAAACUGCCUAUACCUCAGGCUAAACACAAUUUCCCAGAACCUGCUAUCUGAAACUGAUAACUGCUGUCUGAUUUUCCUCAUGACUAAUGGCCGAUGUCUCUGAUCUCAGACCACUGAGACACACUGCUGUUUAUUGUUUGUGCCUUGGUCUUUAAAAGCAGCAGUCCCUCACAACCGCUGGCAUCUUCUCGUGCUCUUUAGCAUUUGUCCAAACUGCCAUUACUUUGCUUUUUAGGCCAUCCAUAAUCCUUUCACUCUUAGUGGUACAGUAUAAACUUUGCUUUCGUUCCUUUUACUAGUACUGAUUUUCCUUUUUGAGACCCAACAAAUAAUGUUUCGUUUCUUCUUGGUUUCAGAAGAAAUGAUUUCACACUAGUGGCCUUCUAAGCUCUUAUAUUCGUUCCAGUUUUUUAAUAAUAAUCUUUAUUUACAUUCUGGCUGAGGCCAGUUUUAAGGGUUUCAUUUGAUGAAUUAAUAUGCAAAUGUUAUGACUAACUUGAUUUGUUUUGUUAAAUCUUCAAAUUGCACCAGUUAGUAAUAAAGAUAUGUUCAAAGAAGAAUCAAGAUAUGUUCUGGUUUCAUUAUAAAUCAAUAAAAUGACUUUA